AUAGGCGGAGGAGACGAUGACGUUUUAAUCCAGCGACUGCACCGCGCGCUGUUUGGAGAGUUGUAUUUGGUGGUUCUUUCGUGUGAGCGCGCUUUUCAGGCAGGGUUGUAGUUAUCACUGUUGAACAGUUCGGGGUACCACCGCAGGCAUGUUUAGCCCCCGAACCGCCCCGGGCUCCGGCCGUAGGCAGCCGGUCAGGACCCCCGGGAGGAAGAGUGUCUCCGGUGCGGUCCCUGGCCUCCUGUUCUCCCCGCGCAGGACGCCGUUGUCGGCGAGAUCAACACCUACCCGAGUGCAGAGCCAUGCAGGGGCAGAAACUGUUAACUAUGAUGUGCAGACCUUUGGCUCAUCCCUCCCCGUCAAAGUCAUGGAGGCACUGACGAUGGCUGACGCUGAUGAUCAGAUCUCAGUGAAGGUGUGUGAGAGCGGCUGGGCCUGGAUGGUUUGUGGAGAGAGUCUGAUCAUCUGGAAGAUCUGCCAAACUGCUGUAGCUAAGGUCUCAGUUUGUAAGGAGUUGCAACUGCCCAGCAGUGAGUACAACUACACUGCUGACCUUGUGGCUGUGACUUCCACUGCUCCCCUGGAGAUGGCUGCUGUUCAGUCCAUCUCUGUCUUGGCGGUGGCUGCAGAAGGAGCGGUUCGCUACUGGCCCAGCCUCUCCCAGGAGGGCAACUACACAGAGACCGAUGUGGACCUGGGAGAUCUGUGCAACUUUGUUGUUGCUGUCAGAGGUGGAAGCUUUGUCUUGUCCUCAGUAAAGAAUCAGCUCUUGAGAGCAAGUGCAGAUUCUUCUGGGAAACUGCAGUGCCGAGCUCUGCAGCAGGGUCAGGGCAUGCUCUCUGGCAUCGGACGUCGUGUCUCCAGCCUGUUUGGCAUCCUCUCGACACCAGCCAAUGACACGCUCUGCAGUGUGCUGUGGGUGGGGGAAAGCAGCUCCCUGUACACACUCACUGAUUCCAGUCUGAGUAAAUGGGAGGUCGACGACAGCUCGGAGCACCAGAUCCUCAACUGGGACGCGCGCAGAGUUCUGAACGAGAGCAUCACAGACGCUAUAUGGGGGUCAGAGAGCAACUAUGAGGAGAUGAAGGAGGGAGCAAAUGUGGCAUACCUGGACAUGAAGCUCAGCCAAGCCGGGUUGGUGGUUUUGGCUGCAGCCUGGCACCCGUCCGACACUCCCUGCCUGGCCUACUUCUGCCUGGUCACCCUGCAGGACAACGGAGCCACCAUCUCUGACCAGUUCACCGUGGAGGUCACAAAGUACAGCUCUCCCUUCCAGAACAAGGAGACGCUGCAGGCCACUCGGCUGGUGUUGCCUCGUUCCCCCGGCUCCACAGCCUUUCUGUACACUGAGGACGUAGUGUUCGCCUGCUCAACAGGAACCAACAGGGUCGCAGUUCCUGAUGAGAAAAUCAGCUUUAACUCACCAGGUGAUGGUGUACGUGGAGCAGGCUGCUGUGCCAACCUGCCGGUCUUUUUCUCGCAAAACAGCGGUCUGGUGGCGGUGGUGGCCAGAGAGAGUGCCUCCAUCCUGCCAGAGACCAUGGAGGACUCGCUGUGCUCCUCGCUGGCUGCAGCCCCGGAAGUGUCGGCCAUGGAGACGCCAACCCGAGCCGAGCCUGUAGCUCAGGAGGACAAAACCAAACUCCUGAAGGCGGCCUUCCUGCAGUUCUGUCGUAACGACCUGGUCGGGGCUCAGACAGUCAUAGAUGAGCUGUUCCCAGCUGACGGCGAUGGGGAGGAGGGAGCUGAGCUGGACACCAUGGUGACUCAAAUCAACCUUGAUUUGGUGGACGAUUACCCGGCCUCUGACCCUCGCUGGGCCGAGUCUGUCCCCGAUGAGAGCGCUGGCUUUCCUCUCACUUCCCUCAUCAUCCUUCACCAACUGGAGGAUAAGAUGAAGGCCCAUGGCUGCUUCAUGGAGUUUUUGCUGCAGGUUGGACUGCUGGACCGACUCACUCAGGUGACUGUACGUUCAUCUCCCAUGGCAACACGCCUGCUGCUGUGUGAACAUGCGGAGAAGUUGCAAGCAGCCAUGGUGCUGAAAAAUCACCACACCAAACACUCUGAACUAGUGAACCGGGCCAUCAGCACGGCGCUGCAGAGGAACAACACCGCCGUGCCGCAAAGCCUCACCGCUGCUGACGUCUUCUUCAGAGAGGUCUCUCAGAUCUCCUUGGUGUUCGACUGUCUGCUGGAGGAGGAGGAGCGGAGUCUGAAGGAGAGUCCAGUGGACUCGGUGCAGUGGGCCGAAGUGGUCCUCACAGUCAACAACAUCGUCAAGGACAUGCUUCAAGCUGCUGGUCAGUACAGAGACAUGAAGGCCUCCAUGUACAGAGCGUCUGAAGAUGCUGCUGCAGAGCCUGAGUACAUCCCGUGGACAGCAUCAGGUGGCGUUGGCGGCGUUCGAACAGUCCUCUCGCGCCAGCACGAGAUCAUACUGCGCACAGUGUACCCACAUGCUGACUCAGAGCUGCGCAAUGCCCUUUGUGAGCAGCUGGUGGCGCUGUUGGAUAUCUACUUGGGCAGUUUUGUGGCCCAGCUAAACUCCCUGCAGCAGCAGAGGACCCAACAGGAGCGCUACAACAGCUUGGAGAUGGAGUACAGCCAGCGGCGCUCCGAGCUGCUCGCACCGCUCUUGGAGCUCGGUCAGUACCAGUGGGUGGCAGCGUUGGCUGAGAAGUACUGUGACUUUGACAUCCUGGUUCAGAUGUGUGAGCAGACAGACAACCAGAGCCGCCUGCAGCACUACAUGGCCAAGUUUGCAGAUCAGAACUUUUCCGACUUCCUGUUUCGUUGGUACAUGGAGAAAGGCAAGAGAGGGAAGCUGCUGUCCCAGCCGGCCGCUCAGCACCAGCAACUCGCCAGCUUCCUGCAGGCUCAUCAGCAUCUCAGCUGGCUGCAUCACAUCCACAUCCACGACUACCAAAGUGCCCACAGAACUCUCUACAGCCAAGCCAACAUGGAAACACGUUACUUUGUGAAAAAGAAGACACUGCUGGCUCUCAGUAAGCUGACUGCACUAGCGUCUGACCUGCCAGAGGACCAGCUCUCCAAACAAAUUGAUGACAUUGUGGAGCAGGAGCGCUUCCUGCUGCAUCAGGAGACUCUGCCUCGACAGCUGCUGGAGGAGAAGCAGCAGAACCCCGACACCAUGCCUCUGCUCAGUGCUCACAACCUCAUACAGCUGUACAUCUGUGACGACAACAGGCGAGCCAACGAGUACGAUUUCAAAAAGGCUCUGGAUCUGCUGGAGUACAUCGAUGAGGACGAUGCUGUGGACAUCGACGCACUCAAAUGUGAGAUUUUCGGCAAAGCACUUAGGAGAGACGACUGGUCUUCUGCAGAUGGGAACGACGACCCUCUGGAAGCAACAAAAGACAGCAUCUUUGUCAAGAUCCUCCUCAAACUCAUUCAGGAAGGCGUCUCUCUGCAGACCUAUCUGCCCGACAUCAAAGACCUCCUGGAGCUGGAUGAGCUCAGCAGUUUGAAAUCAAAGCCAUAUUUUGAAUUUGUCCUUCGAGCUAAUUAUGAACAUUACCUUCAAGCCCAGAUGUAACAACCACCAAACCCACCAGUGAAACAUUGUGCGAUUCAGCUUUUCUUUGCAUUCUACUCACUUUUCUUUAAAUUGUGCUCUUUUCUAAAUAAAUGUGUUGAUUUUGUGUACUUUUCAGUAUGGUUUCACUCUCCUAGUAUUCUUCAAAGACGCACAGCUGUCACACAUUUCACUGGCUUCUGUACAUAUUUGGAAAAAGAAGUGCUGCUGUAAAGAAAAUAGUUGUUUGUUAACAGGAGAGACAAGAAAUCCAUAUCGUGAAGCAAGACAUGAUUUCAGUUCUUUGCAUCAAAGUUGUUUUGUAUGACGGCUUUAUUAACAUUCACCACGUUUAGAACACAUUUGUCUUAUGACAAUGAAUCAAAUUUGCUCUAAUGUGUGUGUUUUGAUUCUUAGUGGAUACAUACAAAAGACACGUUUGCAUGCUGUAAGUUUGCACCUCCUUUUUCUAAGGAAGCCGUCAUUUAUAAGGACACUCGUGCAGAGUACAGAGAGAUCCUCCUGACUGCAGCCAUGUUUAGUGUGACAUACCAAGUAAGAUCAGGGUAGGACAACCUACCACAAACAACUAAAAUAAUCUUCCAAGUAAGAAAACAAUAUGACAACAGUUCCACAAAAGUAAAGCUUUCACUUCCUGCCUCUUUUUGUUUGUUUUUUUACUUAAAAAGUGGCACAGACCUGAGCCUCUGAGAUACUGGCUCGACAAGCUGCCCUGUACUCAUCAGGGCUUCCUCCUGUUGGGCGACAAAGAGCAGAUGUUUGUUAUAAAUAGAUCUGAGCUCCUCUAGCUGGUUGACUGCCACGCUGACAGAGAUCCUCCGCAGUGAUCCACUUUCACGGCUACACAGGCUACAGGCAGCUUUCAGGAUCCAGCGCUGCUAAAUAUAGUCACAGUAGAUUAGAUUGGCACUAGAGCUGUACAUAACUGUCAAUUUAGUUUGUAUGACUCUAAUCUUUCCUAUGUUAUAGGUAAUUUACUUUUUAUAUUUUCAAAUGGAGAAUGAUAAUCCCAGAAUAAUUUACAAAUGACUUCAUUUUAUUAUGGAUUUCAAAUGGUUGAUAAAAGAAAAAUGUAUUUAUUAUUGUAAGAGAAGAAAACAGGCACUAUAUGUUUAAGGCUUAAAAAAGGAAGAUGGUAAAUUCAAUUCAGUUUUAUUUAUACAGCGCCAAAUCACAACAACAGUCACCUCCAGGUGCUUCAUACUGUAAGGUGCACCCUACAUACAAUCAUAUGACUCCCUAUGAGCAAGUAUUUUGGCGACAGUGGGAAGGAAGAAACCUCCAGAAAGAGAAAUGGGGAAAAAUAGUACAACAAAACUGAAAGAACAAUGUAGUUACAUUGUAUUCUACUUUCAACUGCUGUAGAUACUGGUUCCAUUGGACAUUUGCAUAUUUGAAUAUAAAGGGUUCAAACUGUAUGUAGUAUGAAACAGGGUGAACUAUUCCCUCGCCACCAGCUGCUGUCUUGCACACAUGCUGAUGCGUCAUUAACAAUAAUCUGUUCACCUUAAUGAUGCCUUUUCUACAUUGUUCCCCUACAUACAUGUAAAAACUGAAGGAUGUGCCCUAAAUAUGUUUUGGACUUUGCUUUUAAGGGUCAAUGUUUGUCCCAUCACUGGACACUAUCAGCCUUAAUGUUUUUAAAUAAUCAGUGUUAUGUCAUAUAACAUUCAAUCUGACUGCUGUUUUCAAGAAAUGUACGUCUAUGGAAUAAUUUCUCCUGAGAUUUCAGCUCCCAGCUUUAAGUGUUUGUACUUCAGCUCCUUUCAUUUUUUCAGAUGACUUCCUUCUAUGCAUGUUAUUUACCUGCUGUUUCUGAUUUGAUGUACCAACUUAAACAUUUCAGUUGCAACUGUUCGCUUCAGCUGCUUUCAAGCCAUUUGGUGCAUCUUUGUGUCCUUGUUUUUAAUGUCAGUCAUUACUGUAAUAGCAGUAGUAUUU